CGACGUCUCGUUCUUAAGGUACUCAUUUAUUGCCCCCCGUCAACUUCACCUCGCAUUGACUUCCGCUGCCGGCCACGGAAUCACCUUGCACACUGCCUUGAUCAUCUUCAGCUCGCCAAUUCGCCAAAAUGUCGACCGAUAAGCCGCUUCCCUUCAUAUACCAGUUCGCUGCUGGCGCCGUUGCCGGUGUUUCUGAGAUUCUGGUCAUGUACCCGCUCGAUGUGGUCAAGACAAGAGUGCAGAUCCAGGGCAAAGUGCCUGUGCCCGGCCAGGACUUCUACACCGGCAUGGGGGAUUGUUUCCGCAAGAUCAUCGCGAAUGAAGGCGCAUCAACAUUGUACCGCGGAAUCGGUGCGCCUAUUCUUAUGGAAGCGCCGAAGCGUGCCACCAAGUUCGCAGCCAACGACGAAUGGGGCAAGGUGUAUCGCAAUCUCUUUGGUAUCGCGAAGAUGAAUCAGUCGCUCUCCAUCCUUACCGGCGCAUCGGCUGGUGCCACGGAAGCGUUCGUGGUUGUGCCAUUCGAGCUGGUCAAGAUCAGGUUACAAGACAGGGCACAAGCACACAAGUACAACGGCCUGGUAGACUGCUUCGCCAAGAUCGUCCGGCAAGAAGGUCUCCUGACUCUGUACCAAGGUCUCGAAUCCACCAUCUGGCGACACGUGCUGUGGAAUUCUGGCUACUUUGGCUGCAUUUUCCAGGUCCGUGCUCUCCUUCCUGCGAACCCUACCAAGGACAAGUCAGUGCAAAUGCGAAACGACCUUAUCUCGGGUACCAUUGGUGGAACGGUGGGCACGAUUCUCAACACUCCAAUGGAUGUUGCCAAGAGCAGAAUACAGAACAGCCCGAAGGUGCCGGGUGGAGUUCCAAAGUAUGGCUGGGCAUGGCCAGCACUUGGAACGAUCAUGAAGGAAGAAGGAUUCGGUGCCUUGUACAAGGGUUUCACGCCUAAGGUUCUGAGACUGGGUCCAGGUGGUGGUAUCCUCCUGGUCGUCUUCACAGGUGUGAUGGACUUCUUCAGAAAAAUGCGCGGGGACGCUGUCUAGAUCGCUCCUGCUCCUCCUACUGUACAUGUCUGGGAAUCGAGAAAUGCAUUGAGCCUGGCGUUCGGCUUAGAGGC